CCAGAUUCUAAAACAUUCGAUGUGACUUUGAUGACACUAUUACUGAGAAACUUGACUCCAUUGACCCCUCCUCUUUGUGGAUUUGAUCGUUUACCUUCAGCAAUAGAAGUGACACCAGCUGCAGAUUUAGCAAGGAUCAAACAUUACAGGAAUUACCUGGCUCAUCUGCAUGAAGCCAAGAUAGACAAUAGUUUCCUCAUCACGGCAUGGACUGAUAUAACUGGAACUAUAGAUAGACUAGGUGGGCAGCAAAUGAAGCAGGAGUGUGAUCAUCUAAAAACCAAACCAUUAGAUCAAACCAACAAAGAAAUAAUGAUGGCAAUCAAACAUUCUUAUAAUGAAAUCCGAGAGCUAAGAGAAUCAUUUGAAAGUCUGAAACUGUCACAUACUGAAACGAAAAAAUCUCAUGAAUUAUUACAAGAACACCAUGCCGAAGUAAAGAAAUCCCAUGAGAUAUUACAGGAUGACCAUACAGAAGUAAAGAAAGCCCAUGAGAUAUUACAGGUUGACCAUAGGAAAGUAACAAAGGAAAUGGAAAUAUUGAAGACUGUUCAGGAGGAUACUGUGACUUGGAAUAGUAGAGAAAGAAUUAAUGACACACUAAAAGAUUGGAAGGACAAUGAUGAUACCAUGUUUAUAAAUACACGAGCUGCCCAGUACGUACUUAAAUGUAUCAAGGAAAAUAAUUUUGUAACGAUCACGGCUAGCUCUGGUGUAGGGAAGACAGCAACACUGAGACAUGUAGCUUUACAAAUGAGAGGAGAAGGAUAUGAUGUACUUAUGGUGACAGAGCCAGGCGACAUUCUGAGGUUUAACAAUCCUAAAAAAGAAACAUUGUUUGUUGUUGAUGAUUUAUGUGGAAACUUUUCAGUUGACAAGAGUGACAUUAAAAGUUGGAAACCAAUACUUAACAAUAUAAAGGAAAAUCCGAUGAAAAAUACAAAAAUACUUGCAGCAUGUCGGUUACAAGUGUACCAAGAUGAAAAGUUUGAAUCUUUAUCAGUUUUUAAGUCAUGUGUAUGUAACAUGUUAUCAAAGAACAUUUGCUUGUCAGAAACUGAAAAGAAAUCAAUAGCGCAAUUGUAUCUCAAUGCAAAAGCCUCUGAGAUAAGUGACUAUCAUGAUAUUUAUGACUGUUUUCCUCUUUUAUGUAAAUUGUACCAUGAUAAGCCUGAACGUAUGAUUACAGAUUUCUUUCAGAAUCCUUAUUCAGUUUAUGAAGCAGAGAUUGAUAAUUUUAUGAAGGAGGGGCAUCUUUUUAAAUAUUGUUCUUUGGCUUUAUGUAUCAUGUUUAACAACAAAUUGAAAGCAGAAAUGCUUACAGAAAAGGUGAAUAAAGAAACCAUGGACAUUAUUGAGAACACAUGUGAGGCAUGUAGAUUAAACCGGGGAACGUCAAGACUUUUAUUUAAAGAUGAACUUGAAUCACUCACAUAUACAUUUAUAAAGAAAGAACAAAACAUGUAUAAAAUUUUACAUGAUAAAAUAUUUGACUUUCUUGUUAAGAUCUAUGGACAAAAGAUAAUAUCUUGCUUGAUAAGGAACGCAGACAGUGGUUUGAUUAAGGAAAGAUUUUUAUUAGAAAGAAAGGAUGACACGGAUCAGUUUAUUACUAUUAUACCUACAGAGUAUCAUCAGAUGUACAUACAGAAAAUGAUUGAUGACUGGUCAAAUGGAAAAUUACAGGAUGUGUUUAGUAACAUCAAUAUGAAGAUACCUCAGUUCAGAAAUAAAUUUCUCUGCUAUAUAAAAACACAAGAUAUAUCUUAUCAGAGACAACUGGCAAAUAUUUGUGAUGAAGAAAACCGAUUUAAAAACCCCUUUUCAAUGAUGUGUUAUGAUAAUGACACCUAUGAAACUUCUUUAUUACAUUGUUGUCAUAUAGGAGACACUUCAUUGGUCAGGUGGUGUUGUGAUCAUGGUGUAAAUGUAAACAGAUGUACAUCUAACGAUCAGUCACCAAUAAUGAUUGCUUGUAAACAUGGUUACAUAGAUAUAGUUAAAGAGUUGUUAGAGAGAGGAGCAGACUAUAAUAAAUUUGAUGAUAAAUGUCAGUCACCUAUACUGAAGGCGUGCGAACGUGGUCAUAUAGAAAUAGUAAAGAUGCUGUUAGACAUAGGAGCCGAUUGUAAUAAAUGUGACAAGAUCACUCAGUCACCUGUAAUGUAUGCUUGUAAACAUGGUCACAUAGAAAUAGUAAAUAUGUUGUUAGAUAGAGGAGCAGAAUUUGAUAGAUGUGAUGGGCUGAAAUAUCAGUCACCUGUAAUGCUGGCUUGUGAACAAGGUCAUACAGAAACAGUUAAGAUGUUGUUGGACAGAGGAGCAGACUGUAAUAGAUGUGAUGGAUAUGAUAAGUCACCUGUAAUGCUGGCUUGUGAAAAUGGCCAUACAGAAAUAGUAAAGAUGUUGUUGGACAGACGAGCAGACUGUAAUAGAUGUGAUGGGUAUAGUAAUUCACCUUUAACGAUAGCUUGUAAACAUGGUCAUACAGAAAUAGUUAAGAUGUUGUUAGACAGAGGAGCAGACUACAAUAAGUGUGACGGCUAUAGUCUGUCACCCUUAAUGUAUGGUUGUGAACAUGGCCAUACAGAAAUAGUAAAGAUGUUGUUGGACAUAGGAAUAGACUACAAUAAAUUUGACGUGUCUGGUCGGUCAUCUUUAAUGAAGGCUUGUAUAAAUGGUCAUACAGAAACAGUAAAGAUGUUGUUAGACAGAGGAGCAGACUGUAACAAAUGUGACAGCCUUGGUGACUCACCUUUAACGAAGGCUUGUAAACAUGGGCAAACAGAAAUAGUCAAGAUGUUGUUAGGCAGAGGCGCAGACUGUAAUGAAUGUGAUGAUGAUGGUCAUUCAUCUGUAAUGUCUGCUUGUGAAUAUGGUCAUACAGAAAUAGUGAAUCUAUUGUUAAAUAGUGGAGCAGGCUACAAUAGAUGUGAUUGGAAGAUGGAUCAGUCACCUCUUAUGAAGGCUUGUGAACAUGGUUAUACAGAGAUAGUAAAGAUGUUGUUAAACAGAGGAGCGGACUGUAACACAUGCGACGUGUAUGGCUUGUCACCUGUAAUGUAUGCUAGUGAGCAUGGUCAUACGGAAAUAGUAAAGAUGUUGUUAGACAAAGGAGCCAACUGUAAUGAAUGUGACGAGUAUGGUAAUUCAUCUUUUACAAAGGCUUGCGAACAUGGUCAUACAGAAAUAGUAAAGAUGUUGUUAGAUUGGGGAAUAGACUGUAAUAAAUGUGGCAGGUAUGGUCAGUCAGUUUUAAUGUAUGCUUGUGAACAUGGUCAUACAGAAAUAGUGAAGAUGUUGUUAGACAAAGAAGCAGACUGUAAUAAAUAUGACUCGAAUGGUCAGUCAGCAUUAACGUAUUCUUGUAAACAUGGUUAUACAGAAAUAGUAAAGAUGUUGUUAGACAGGGGGGCAGACUGUAAUACAUGUAAUGAUCAUAAUCAUUCACCUCUAAUGAAUGCUUGCGAACAUGGUCAUACAGAAAUAGUAAGGAUCUUGUUAAAUAGAAGAGCAGACUGUAAUAAGAGAGGAUGGCAGGGGAAGUCAGCCUUAAUGUAUUCUUGUGAACAUGGUUAUUUAGAAAUAGUAGAGAUGUUAUUAGACAAAGGAGUAGACUGUAAUAAAUGUGAUUGUGGUGAUCAAUCACCUCUAAUGUAUGCUUGUGAACAUGGCCAUACAGAAAUAGUAAAGAUGUUGUUAGACAGAGGAGUAGACUGCAAUAAAUGUAACUGGAGGGAUCAAUCACCUGUAAUAAAGGCUUGUGAACAUGGCCAUACAGAAAUAGUAAAGAUGUUGCUAGACAGAGAGACAGACUGUAAUAAGUGUGACUUUAAUGGUAAGUCCCCUCUUAUGAAGGCUUGUGAACAUGGCCAUACAGAAAUAGUUAAGAUAUUGUUAGACAGAGAAGCAGAUUGUAAUAAAUGUGAUGAUUCUUGUCAGUUACCUGUAAUGAUGGCUUGUGUAGAUGGUCAUACAGAAAUAGUUAAGAUGUUGUUAGACAAAGGAGCAGACUGUAAUAAAUGUGAUGAAGUUGGUCAAUCACCUGUAAUGAAGGCUUGUGAACAUGGGCACACAGAAAUAGUAACAAUGUUGUUAGACAAUGAAGUCGACUGUAAUAAGUGUGACUUUAAUGAUAAGUCCCCUCUUAUGAAGGCUUGUGAACAUGGUCAUACAGAAAUAGUCAUGAUGUUGUUAGACAAUGGAGCAGACUGCAAUAAAUGUGAUUGUCAUGGCGAGUCACCUGUAAUGGAGGCUUGUGAAUAUGGUCAUACAGAUAUAGUAAAGUUGUUGUUAGACAAUGGAGCAGAAUACAAUAAAUGCAAUGAAUAUGGUUAUUCACCUGUAUUAUACGCUUGUCAAUAUUGGCAUACAGAAAUAGUGAAGAUGUUGGUAGACAGAGGAGCAGACUGUAAUAAACGCAACAGGAAUGGCCAGUCACCUGUAAUGCAUGCUUGUGAACAUGGUCAAAUAGAAAUAGUGAAGAUAUUGUUAGAAAAAGGAGCAGACUGUAAUAAAUUAGAUAGUGAUGGUCAGUCACCAGUAAUGUAUGCUUGUGAGAAUGGUCAUAUAGAAAUAUUGGAGAUGUUAUUAGACAGGGGAGCAGACUGUAAUAAAUGUAAUACAAAUGAUCAGUCACCUUUAAUGAAUGCUUGUGAACUUGGUCAUACAGAAAUAGUGAAGAUGUUGUUGGACAGAGGAGCAGACUGUAAUAAAUUUGACUUUGUUGGUAAGUCACCUCUUAUAAAGGCUUGUAAAUAUGGUCAUAUAGAAAUAGUGAAGAUGUUGUUAGACAGAAGAGCAGACUGUAAUAAAUGUGAUGAUGAUGGUCAGUCACCUCUAAUGAAGGCCUGUAAAUAUGGUCAUACAGAAAUAGUGAAGAUGUUGUUAAACAGCAGAGCAGAAUGUGAUAAAUGUAAUGAAGAUAAUCAGUCACCGUUAAUGAAUGCUUGUGAACAUGGUCAUACAGAAAUAGUGAAAACGUUAUUGGACAGCGGAGCAGACUAUAAUAGAUGUGGCAAGAGAGAUCAUUCACUCCUUAUAAGGGCUUGUAAAUAUUGUCAUACAGAAAUAGUGAGGAUUUUGUUGGAUAAAGGAGCAGACUGUAAUAAAUGUGACAGGAGUGACAAGACACCUCUAAUGAAGGCUUGUAGACAUGGCCAUACAGAAAUAGCGAAGAUGUUGUUAGAAAGAGGAGCAGACUAUAAUAAAUGUGACAGGAGUGAGCAGUCAUCUCUUAUGAAGGCUUGUGAACACGGUCAUAUGGAAAUAGUUACAAUGUUGUUAGACAGGGGAGCAGACCAUAAUAAAUGUGACUGGACGGGUCAGUCAACUCUAAUGAAGGCUUGUGAACAUGGUUACACAGAAAUAGUGAAAAUGUUGUUAGACAGGGGAGCAGACCAUUAUAAAUGUGACAGGACGGGACAAUCAACUUUAAUGAAGGCUUGUGAUCAUGGUUAUACAGAAAUAGUAAACAUGCUGUUAAACAGAGGAGCAGACUAUAAUAAAUGUGAUGAUGAUGGUCAGUCACCUGUAAUGAAGGCUUGCGAACAUGGUUACACAGAAAUAGUGAAAAUGUUGUUAGACAGGGGAGCAGACUAUAAUAAAUGUGAUGAUGAUAAUCCGUCACUUUUUAUGAAGGCUUGUGAACAUGGUCAUAUGGAAAUAGUAACAAUGUUGUUAGACAGGGGAGCAGACCAUAAUAAAUGUGACAGGACGGGACAGUCACCUUUUAUGAAGGCUUGUAGACAUGGGCAUACAGAAAUAGUGAAGAUGUUGUUGGACAGAGGCGCAGACUAUAAUAAAUGUGAUGAUGAUGGUCAGUCACCUUUAAUGAAGGCUUGUAGACAUGGGCAUACAAAAAUAGUGAAAAUGUUGUUGGACAGAGGAGCAGACUAUAAUAGAUGUGACAAGAGGGGCAGGUCGGCUUUAAUCAUAGCCUCUUCUUUAGGUUUUGGUGCUAUAGCUGCUAUGAUUUAUCAACAUUCCAGUCAGAAAGUAGAUUGAAAUUAAAGUUAGAACUUUAAUUUUAAACAUUUUUUAAAUGCUUUAAAGUCUGUCAUUAAUGCAAUUUUAAGUUUUAAACAUGUGCUUAGUUUAUUUUGAUUCGUGUUACAUUGACAGUUUGAUAUUGAAAGCCUAUUAUAAUCAGGUAUGUUACUAUAGUAGAGAGAUAUGGUUUAUUGUAAAGAAUACUCUGUUAGUGUAGUAUAGUUAUCACAUAUGCUUCGAUUUUUAGGAAAGCUGCAUUUAUGUUGAAAAGACUUUUGGAUUUAUUGUUAGGAAAAUGCAUAAAUAUUGAAACAUGUAGUUCUAUGAUAGAGAAGUAGUCUUAGUUUAAAACGAUAUGUUUCUUUGGUUAAGUUGUUUGUGCCUAGGAAGACAGACUUCGACUAAAUAAAUCACUUAUGUUUACAUGCUUACUAUGCUAUCAUUUAAAAAAAAUUGCAGUGCUGGAUAUGUAAAUCAAAUUCAAUGUUCUCAAUAUUAAUAAACAUAUUAAUGUUAAGGACUAAAUUUGAUUUUUUUGUAGAUUUUGCCUCCAACUUGGACAUACUUAACUUUAAUGGAAAUCGAAGAAAUAAAUAUUUACUAUAACUUGAUAAAUAUGUUGAAUGAAAAAAAAUCUUUUUUUAUCUUCUUGACAAAUUAUGUCCAAAACAAUUUCCUUAACUUUGGAAAAUUUUAAUUAUUUAUUCUUACAUGUUUAUGUUUCGUUUCUUUUUGUAAUUAUUUGUCUUCUCAUUCUAAUUAGGCAUUGUUAAUCAAAGAUUUUAUUUUUGUUUAAUGGAAAUAUAUGUUUUCUUAUGAAUGAUUACUAUUCUCAUCAAUGGGCGCCAUAAUUGGAUCAAUGAAAUAUCUUGUAGUGCGUAUUGAUGUUUUAACAAAUUAAAUGAAGAUAAAUUUCUUAUUAUAUUUCAACAAAACGAAUUUGUUCGCUAACUUUCAUCUUUAAGGUUUGAUAAGAUAUACAACGCUUGUACUGUGGAUUCAUUAUUAUUCGUUGGAUACCAAUUUUCAUGGAUUUCGUGGAUACAGGUUAACCAUGAAUUCAAAUGUUCAACGAAUUACAAUUUUUCAAUAGGCUUUGUAUGCAGAGAUUGUCAAAAAACGAAAUCAAAUAUCCACGACAAUGCAAGUUUUCCUCAUCCACGAAAAUUGAUACCCACGAAAAUAAAUGAAUCCACAAUUUUAUAUUUUGUGUUUUUAAAUACUGAUGAUUCAUAUAUUUUAGUGUUUCAAUUUUCGUAGAUUCUUGAUUUCAUGGU